AUGACCAAUAUUCUCACUGAGCACACCCGGCCUCCCAAACGAAAGCGGACUGUCAUUUCCUGUGCCGAGUGCCAUCGGCGCAAGCAGAAAUGCGAUCGCCAAGAUCCCUGCUGUAAUUGCAUCAGGCGUGGAAAGCAGGAUCUCUGCCGCUAUGAUGCUGGGCCGACGCGCUACGAGAAUACUCCAAGCAAUCUGAGUGCCAGGAGUUUCAGCGACAAGUCCCCCGAGAAGUGUCUCUCGGCGCUCCCCAACGCCUUCGCGAGCGAACUUCAGGACAAGAUCCGUGAUUUCGGUUAUUCUAACCAAGGCAGUCUCAAUUCGUUCAGCUUGCUCCGCACUUCAGAGCUGUACUCAGGCCAGGACAACGCAUCCGAUAUAGCCACUUCCAAUGGCCAGCCCCCCUACGAUCAGAGCGUUGACCGCAGGUACAGGGAAUUGGUCCGCCAGUUGCCCUCGCAAUCUUGCGUGGAUAUUCUAGUGGGCACCUUUUUCCCCGACGUCAAUUGGCAGUAUGAUAUGCUGCACGAGGGGCUCUUCCGUGAACAGCUACAGCAAUGGCGGAACGUCUCGUACUCUGACCUUCAGGGUGGCUUGGGUGCGCUACCGGGGGCGACGCUGGUGGUUCCAGCGCUUUUGUUUGAAGUCCUCUCACAGGCACUUCUUUUCCACCCACCCCAUGACCAGAGAAUUCAUCACCUGUUGCCUAUCGCUGGCAUGGGCUUCCAUGACCUUGCAGCUGAAUACAGUGACGCGGGGGCUGACAUCCUGGAACUUUUAGGGAAAAGAAACCUCACAAUUGCUACUGUACAGGCGGGUCUGCUACGAGCAGCAUGUUUAAAGAGCCGUGGUAAGGUAGUUGAAGCAUGGCAUGCCCUCGGGGCAACAAUCCGUGAUGCACAGGAGAUUGGUCUUCAUACCGGGCAAUUCUUGUAUGGAGAUUCUUCAAUUCCACCUGGAGAAGAAAGGACAGCUCUCAGUGCCAUUGGGCACAAGAUUUGGGUGGUCUUGCAUAUCUGGGACGUUCAUAUGGCUGUCGUUCUCAGUCGACCGAUCGCCACCGAGUUACAAAUAGAUCGCUUCGCUCGUACGAUAGCAGAUGAUGAAACUCGACGGUACCUCUUCUCGCAUUGGCAGACCGAGUCAGAAUCUCCGCGACCAUUCGAUGUCAUCCUCGCCGGUUAUAAUGUGGCAUACCGAUAUUUUCAGGAGAUUCGUCAGCUCGAACAGAAUGGCGCCCGCUUGCAGGACUACGCGACCGUUGACCGCAUCCACACUGCAAUAAUGAGAAAUCUGAAAAGUCUACCUUCCUGGUGUCGACUUGUGGACCCAAGCACGAGGUUUGAUUCUACACCUGGGUGCCAAUGGUUACAAAUGGCCCGAGAGGGGCUGUCCUCGCUCAUCCACCUCGUUCUCCUCACUGUUCACCGGCCAUUCAUAUUCUCUGUUGAAGCCAGCCGCACGGAAGCGCUCAAAGCUGGAAUCGCGAUCCUUCAGGGCCAGGACCGACUAUUUCAGAACAUCGACCCAUACCAAUGCAGGGUGUUCAACCCGGUCUAUGCUUCCUUUGAUGCGAUUGUCCUAAUCUCCGCCAUCUGCAUUUCUUUUCCGGAUCGUAUCCAGGAACACCGAUCAGAGUGUAUCAAGGUUGUGCAGCGCGGAGUUGAUCGUCUCGACGCGAUCGGACAAUCAAACGACAUGGCUAAAAAGGCGCACGGCGUUGUAUCGAGUUUAUACCGUCGCAUGAGACAUCGACUCGGAAUUUCGAACCCUGCAAAUGACACUAACAAUCUUGUUAGCGACUCUGACUUGAUCUCAUCCAACGAUCCAACUCCAUUGAAUGGCGCUAUGCCAGAGCCUUCAUUUGAUGCCAUUCCGCCGCCUCGCCCAACUUACGAUUUGUUCUACGAUCAUCUCUCGACUGCGCCAAUCUCUUUUAUUGACCCUCAGCCCACCCUACCAUUGAACGCGCCCAAUAUGAACGGUCUACCAACUUGGAACUUUGAGGGCAUAUUCCCGGAAGAUAGUUUCUGGAGUGUUAUGAAUGACCUGAAUCAAUGA